AAAAACUUGCCGGAGCCAUCCGUAGCGGUCUGUGUGUGUGUGCGGGGAGCAUCACUUGGCCGGAGGAAUUCGGUCGCCCACCUUGCUGCUUCUACAUCUUCUUCGCCGAGUCUCCGUUGUGUGUGUGUAUGUUGUGCCGCUCGCUGGCUGUCAGCGCGCCGAUUCGUUCAGGCGGUGAAAUUCGUCUCUCUCGGUUGAUUCAUGCUUCGUGCUUGGGAUGAUUGACGCAACGGAGUAACUGCUCAACUCAUGGAUAAUAUUACUUCGUGAAGAGGUAUAUUCGGCUGCCGGAUAUGGAGGAGGACAUACAGCUGGGCGAGGAGGGUGGUCCCUCACCGCCUCUGGACCACGGAGCCCAAAAGGCCCGAAGUGUUCUCUCCCACAAAGGGUCGCUGGGAAAGAGACGCAAGCCAUCGCGAGAGUCCAUACACACCUUCCUCACUUCCGUCAGCUGGAACGGCACUGCUGAUGACGUCACAUCCGGUCGUGGGGCGAAUGGAAGACAUGUGACGAAGACUGUCGUGAAUCUCAGCGACCUGAACGGAGCGCCGAAAUCUACUAAGGUCCAGAUAAGCGCUCCGAAAAUGGCAGCCGAGACGAAGCCUGCUCAGCACACCCCACGAGUAACAACAGUGCACAUCAAAGGAACCACAGUGUCUUCUACCGACCAGAAGACACAACCAUCUCCGAGGGCGCGUCGAUUCAUUCUCGACGUGGAGACCACAAAGCACCUGCUCCAUCGUCGCGACCCCAGUUUGGAUUCUGGCUGCAGCCUGGAUCUGUCCUGUUCCGAUGCAGCGCAGGACUCGGCGUCUUCUGGAAAGGGUUCGCCAGAUCCAGGUCUCGCAGGUCCUCGGACAGCGCAGCUUGUCGGGGACGAGGCGUUAAGUCCGCCGGCGGAGUUCGCGGACUCGCCUACGCUACCGAGGCACAAAGAAACGGAAAAAGGUGGAAGCCCGGAUGUCAGAGAGGUCUCAACGAGGGAAUCCCGCGCCGAGGACAACAAACACGCUCAGCUCGGACGAGCUUCUAGUCUUGGCCCACCGUCCCCCGGAAUUCGCGUCAACUUUCGUAUUCUACCACGGGCAGACGGCGACACAGUACCCACGUCCAAACCACCACCUGCAGCGCCUCCAACGGCAGCUCCUCCGACCCCACGGUCCAACAGCGUGGGCCGCUCCGAGAGCCUUCGAGUGGGCGGCUUGCAGACCUGGGACCACAGAAGACCUCCGAAGCUGGACCCUGAACGUCGGUGUCGCUCGUUGUCUCGUGCAACGAGCGCGACGCCGGACGAACAGCCUCAACAGCCGGAGUGGAUGCAUAUCGCUCGCCAGAAACAGAAUGCGCGCGUUGAUUGGGAGAACUUCGAAGCGAACAUGAAGGAGCCUCACAGCAUCUCUUGCACUAACCUCUCCGAGAGUCACAUGAGGGACCGAGUGGUGGUUCCAGCUCCAGGACAGAAGCCCUUGCUGACGCGUUCAGUCAGCGCGGUCUAUCCUCGCAUCAAGAUGUCACGUUUCGAGCGGCGCAUGCGCAAAGACAACAGGAACCCUUCUCCCGAGCGAAAGUUGUCCGACGACUUCAACAUCGUCUCGGACAGCACGCAGUCGUCGGGGACGACCAGCAGCUCGACCGAGGACGAGAAGCCGCCCUUCUUGAACGUCCAGCUGCGGCACGUCGAGAAGACGCCUCCUCUUAACGUCGUCUUUCAGACGUCGCGACCUGGCGAGACCGCGUCGCCCGCGUCGCCUCGGAGACUUCUGAGGAGUCCGUUCGGCGAAGAGUGCGACGGAAGUGGACUGCCGCGACCGCAAAAGAAAAAGGAGACCUCGAGAGUGGAUGAUGGUCUAGCGGAGAAAGAAGUUAAGCAACAGGGCAGAGAAAAGGUCCCGACGGCGUCACAGUUUCUGCAACCAAAGCGAGUAGAAGUCAUUGAAGGUCAACGGGAAGGCGCAAGAUCAGCUAACGAUGUGCCUCCACGGAUUCGAUCGCCGACGAACUUGAAGCGGAGCGCCAGCGUUCAGAUGCGACCCAAGCUUCGGGAUUCCGGAUUCUCCAGGAGGCUGUCGCCAAGGCCCAAGCCCGAGCUUGAGGCAGCAACGGAGGAUGCUCCAUCUUGGGUGCAGGAGGCUCAACGCAAGCGCAACAGCGGCAUCGACUGGGAUAGGCUUGAUAAGUCCUUAUCAGAGACACCGAAACAUGAUGGCGUGUCUGUGUCGACGGAAUGUCUGCACAAGCCUAUAACGACGACCGAACCGCCAGUGUGGGUUAAGGAAAUUCAAAAGCGUAAAGACGAAAACACUCGCCACAGGACGCACAGACUCUCAGGUGAAUUCGGCGACGAUGAGAGCACUUUACCAAAAACACGACAAGCCGAAGCUCCACAGCAGAACGACUACAAGUCCGACACGGGGAAAGCCUCGCCGAGGGAGUAUCUGACGGUAGAAACCACCACGGUGGUACCGGCCAAGGAUCGUACCGGCGAAAACAGCAUACUCAAAACCUCGCACACAAGCACCCACAGCGCACUCUCUGAGCCAGGAGACAACGCCCCGAGGAUCGUGGACGUGCAGCCGAAGGAACCACCCAGGGCCGAUAGAAUGGCCACCGUGGAAUCCCGUUCCAAGUUCCUGGACGAAAUCUUCAGCGAAGCAGAAGGCACGGAAGAUGAGCUGCCGACGAAGGCUAGCUGCACGGCUGACUCCCUCGCUCCGUCGCGGGAGUCCGAGGACAGUUCGGACUCUGAGAAGCAUACGAGGAAGCAAGCGCUGAUGGAGGAACUGAAGUGUCUGCUGAAGAAGCGGUCGUCCCCUCAAUCCGUGGCUGAUCACAAACGUCCUGGUGCCACCACACCAGACAAGCCUCUCAGCACACCACAAACCGAAAGUAAGCCACAAUUCCAGGGAGACUCCACCCUGACCCAAAAUGGCCACUCAGUUCCUGAGGACACGUUCCCCAAACCAAGUGAGGUGCGAGCAUUCUCAUUUCCGCCUCCGCCUCCAGUGCUUCCACCAGACUUUCUGAACGGCACCCGAGAGCCGCCUUCCAUGCCUCCCUUAACAAACGGAACGAAACAUCCACGCAGGGACAGCGAAACGCAAACGCUUGGCAACGGUCACUCUCCAGAGGCUCCGCUGACGGCUAACGGCAUUGCUGCCUGUGCUCCUCCCGUAGCAUUCAAUGAAAGCCAAUUACUGAACUCAAGUUAUCCUUUAAUUCCCAACUCUGCAAGCCAGCUCCUCAUUCUCCACAGCACUGGAGUCUUUCAGCAGCCACAGCCCCUGAACGUUUACACGGUGCCAGUCUGCCACCCCGUCUUUUCGCACGUCUUGUCGCGAGGUCCUUCUCCUCCGCACAGGUGCUGCUCAUCGCAGAGCGAGAAGACAGAGCUGGCCACAGCGCGCUUAACGUGUCCGACACCAAGGAGCAGCUCUGCGACGCCAUCAAAUCAAAAUGGGACUUGUCCCGAAGAAACCGUACUGUCUAGUCCAGGACCGUCACCCUGCCCUGAAACAAACUUUCCAAAUGCUCACGCCAAAGAACCAGCAGGCCUUAGCCAUUCAGACACAAUGUCACAUGACGUCGACGGAGAGAGUCAACGCGCGGUCGACGAUUAUUCAGCAGCAGGACAACCUAGUAGUCUACUUCGCGGACAGGAAAACGCAGUUUCCUCCAUCCUGGAUGCCAUCCGGCCGUACAUGAACGGAGAUGACGUGUCAGAUAUAAACUCUGUGACGUCAGGUGCAAGACAGGACUCUCCUUUUGAGAGGGACUCUCUCGAUGGACGACACGGCGCGGACAGCGCAAUGUCUUCCGCGGAUGAUGUCGCGAAGAAUGUCGUGAACGGUGGCUCGGUUAGCAGGUGCUCACACCGCCCCGCAGAGGUCACGGAACGUAAGUUAAACGGCUUCAAGAACGUUACCGGCAAUGAACCGGACGAGGGUCAACCCUCACCACUCAAACCAGACCCGCAAAGCGCGGAUGAUCAAAGGGGCGUAACACUUGUGUCGAGCACGUCAACCAUCCCGAGGAUGCGUUCCAUAACGCUGAAAGACCUGAAGGAACGUGCACCAGUUUCAGCGGAAAGUUCGACCGUGACCACAGGUCCAGACGGAACUGUGCGCGGCGGUCACUUGAAGCAUAAUCAGUCGUCUGAAGGUUCGAUUAGAAACCGACGAGAACUCUGUAAUUUAUUUGCGCGACCUAAGUCAUAUUCGGUGCCUAACCUGCUCAGCGCUACAGACAUGCCAAGGCCAUUGCGUAAGAAGGCCACGGCCUCGGCAAGCACCCAGACUCCAAACGGCAUGAUAGCGGCAGAGAGGAUUUAUGUGAUCGGGGACGAGGCUGGCAAUACAAGGGGUGUUCAAACAGACAGUGGGUCUAAGUUGAAGGUCAAGAGGUCGUCGAGAGACGUAGAGCUGGUGACCAAGGUGGAUAGCAGCGGACCGUCGAAGACAACGAAGAAAAAGGUGACGACGAAAAUUGUGCGUGGGGGCAAUGGAAAGGCCGGAGGCAUUCGAGAAGUGGUCGAAGAAUAUUACGACCAAUCAUCAGUGACGGUGCGUCCCUUGGUGACCGCCUCGAAAGGAGUUACGAGAUGCGUUCGCCAGACGACUGACGGCCGCAAAUACCUCUCCACCGUGGUCACGGACCCGCCCGGCGGCGUCUCCCCCAGCCGCACAAAGAGGGGCUACAGAAAAGAUAAGGACCGCGAAGGUAGGGUCAUCAUGGUUUGAGCUUGGACGCCUCUGCUGGCGGUCUUUCACGUUCCUCCGUUGUUGUCAUCAUUGAAGCACGGUUCUGAACACGCGGCACAGUGUUCACAUGCCGCAGUGGUUCUAAAAAAAACACGUCUCUUUGGUUCUUUCAGUCUGUACCAGGAGGCUCAAAACACAACCCAGUGUCCUCUGGAUACGGGACCAGUUCUCUUGCAGAAACAACAACAACUUUGUUACAAGGUGUUGACUGGGGAGUUGAGCUUGGAUUGAGAGCUUACUUUCGAUUCUUUUACGCGGAACGUGCUUCCCUCUAAUGCUGCACCGUUGUAUCGGUGCUUUUUAAAUGUUGCGCACUUGAGCACCACUGACUCUUAUUUAUACGGUGGACAGGUCUCCACCAGGAGUGGUCAGCGCAGCCGUAAUAAAUUUAGGAUCUGUUCCAUGAAAGGGACUUUGAACAAGCUAACAAUUAUCAGCAAUAUAUUCGAGGCAAUAUUGGAGUCGUGAAAUCCGGACAAGUGCGCGUCUUAUUUUUUACUCAUGAAUUAAAGGGGUUACGACGCGCUGAUUUACAUUUUUUGUUGCAUCACGUACGCAGUGUACUGCACACUGGAAUAUUGAAAAAGUAAUUAUUUUUCUACGUGCGGUAGUUUGUGUGAUACAAACGCUUAAAAUAAAAAAAAAGCAUCGGUGUCGAGCUCUGGCAUGUGGAGCGGUGAGAGCCUCGGCCCUUCCUAUUGGUCCUCGUAAGCACGUGACUCCUCCCGCGGCCACCUCCCACGUUUCCCUAAAACCCCCUAUUGUUCGGAACCACUUCACAGUCUACUGGGCCAAAUUUCUCUACCGAAAACAGCUUACAUGUUGAAUAAACGUGUUUUAAAGAUUCGCACUCCUCCGCAGCUAACGAAGCGAUAGUAACAUCAUGAUGACGUAAGCCAGGCACACCAAUGGGAGCGCAGCGCGUGCGAUUGUCUCCGUGCUCGUCUGCUGCGCGUUCGCACCACUUAAAUGAAAGGUCCUCCAUUACGCGGUGUUACGCUCCGAGCUUUACGAACACGUCCGACGCUGACCCAGAAGUGGCAUUCCGCGUGCCGAUCGCAGACUCCGAGAACUGCAGACGCCCUCCCACCCGCUGCCCUGUCGCCAAAGGCCGCUCCUUGAUUGGCCUUGUCAGCGCCAAAGGGCACUCCCGAUUGGCCGUGUCCGAGUGACGUUAUCUCUGAUUUCUGGAGAGGGCAUUCCGGUGUACUCUCAACAUCCGUCUUCUGCUCUUGCCAUGCAUUACACCAAAUUGCACAGAAACUACUUCACUAAUUCGCGUCGGAUUUUCGGCAUUACUGUCAGUGAUGAACGUUAAGUGAAACUAUAAGUUUUAACUAAGUUUUUAAGUUCCAAGUUUAAUUUAACUAUAAGUACCGGGACGGAUGCAACAGCCCUAACCCCGGGAGCUCUUGUAUUAAUCUGCUCUGUAAACGUGUUAUAGUUUUUUUCUCUUCUUUUCUUUUUUGAGUCAUUUAUUUCAAUUUUGCUGACGCAAAGUCACGAUUUAUAGUCAUCGUCGCUCGCAAUUUCUAAGUAGUCGUAUAGUCGCUUGCACUCAGGAGUGACUGAAUGGUGUGAGAACCAUUCCGAACACACUCACGCUCCUAAAAGAACACAUAUUUUACAUUUAAUGUGAAUUUUCACUGAGACAACUAGGCAUGCGUGACAAGUGAUGCACCAUGUUGAUUGCUGUGUGUACAUAUACGUAUCCUCAGAGGUACUUAACGAGAGAUGGUGUAUAUGAAAAAAUAUUUUACGUAAGAGUGUGAAAAUGAGUUUGUAUAUUAAUAUAUGAUGGUCACAGAGCUGCUGCUGCUGCUGCUACUUAUGUUUUAUUUUGAAAUUGAUGAAUUUUAGAAGUUGAUGGAAGGACUGUCAUGGGAUCAAUCACAUGUUCCAAAAGAGAUAUUAAAGUUCUUCAACGAUA